AUAAUUUUAUACGACAAACGCUCACACAGAUGAAUAAUUUGGACUUCGCGAUGCUGAUAAAUUCGCUAGAUUCUGCCAGAGCUACUCAUUUGUCGCGUCUCUCCGCGGCCGUGAAGGACAUAUACCUACAUAUACAUAAUCGAUUCCACCGGCCCAUUUAGAGGCAAAGUCGCGAGUUGACGCACCAGGAUAAAGUUUUGCGCAUCAUCUUUCGGUUGAGAAAAAUCCGUCCAUCUGUCAAGCAGCACUAUGUUAGAAGUGGAAACACCGCCUCCUGCAUCCGAUAACAGGUGGUUUAAUUGGACUAGAUUUUCCCACAACAUGUUGCGCGCUAUUGAAAAAUCCAUCUUGUCACAUUUGAGACUUCCGUACCGGGGGAUGUUCGUCGACAUUGGCCCGUGUGUUGGAGAGGCCGACAAAGUGUGGACAAUCACAAUGAACAACGAUUCCAAACGGGUUCCGAUCGUAAUGCUUCACGGCCUCGGGGCAGGAGUCGCUUUGUGGGUUCUCAAUCUGGACGAAAUAGCGCGCCAAAGGCCGGUCUACGCAAUAGAUAUCCUCGGAUUUGGUCGAAGUUCGCGGCCCAAGUUCGCAGACGAUGCCAUGAUUGCCGAGAAGCAAUUGGUGAAAUCGAUUGACGAAUGGCGCAAAGAAGUUGGCCUUAAGGAGAUGAUCGUGAUGGGACACUCUAUGGGUGGCUUUCUGGCCACUAGUUACGCUUUGUCGUAUCCCGAUCGGGUAAAACAUCUUAUAUUAGCCGAUCCAUGGGGAUUUCCUGAGAAGCCCCCCGAGACGGAAAAUGGGCGCAAACUUCCUUUGUGGGCUCAAGCUAUUCUGAAGGCUUCGAAACCAUUGAACCCUCUGUGGAUACUCCGAUUUUUCGGACCCCUUGGAUCGUGGCUCGUUGGCAAAACAAGGCCAGAUAUCUUGCGCAAAUUCUCCGGAGCCGUUACGAACGAAGACGAUAUUCCGAAUUAUAUUCACCAGUGCAAUGCUCAGAAUCCGACGGGCGAAGGUGCGUUCCACACAAUGAUGAAAGAUUUUGGUUGGGCCAAGAAUCCGAUGAUCAAUCGAAUUCAAGAUAUGAAAAGCACGGUGCCCAUUACCUUCUUGUACGGCGAGAAGUCCUGGGUGGACAACAGCCCGGGCGAAACCAUCCGACAACUGCGACAGCAGGGUUACGUUAAAGUACAUUCAAUCAAAGGUGCUGGUCACCACGUUUACGCAGACGAUGCUAAAACUUUCAACGAAUUGGUAAACGAAGCGUGUAGAACAUGUGACGAAGAUUACCUGGCGUUGGUCAGACAGGACGAACCCAAUAAGUCGAGCGACAAUUAGAUGAUGUGAUCCGUUUUAUUUCGAAAAUGUGUAACAUAUUGUAAUAUUUAUAUUAUUCUGCACAUAGUUCAGAGAAUUAAAAAAAUGAAAAAGUACAAUAAAAUAAAUGUCGAGGUUUCAGAACCUUCAUUAAGUAUUAAA